GACCGGCGGCGGGCGCUGGAGGCCCUGGAGAGCGACCCGCAGGUGGGGGCCAUCGUCCUCACCGGCAGCCAAAAAGCCUUCGCAGCUGGCGCGGACAUCAAGGAGAUGCAGAAUAAAACCGCCGUCCCGGCCAGAACGGACAGCGGGGGCACCCAGGUGUCCCUCUGUCCCUCUCUCAACUUUUCCCUUCCCCAAACGGCUCCAGGCGCUGGAGGGACGCAGAGGUUGACCAGGGCGGUGGGGAAGUCACUGGCAAUGGAGAUGGUCCUCACUGGGGACCGGAUUUCGGCGGCAGAGGGGAAGGAGGCAGGUCUGGUCAGCAAGGUCUUCCCCGUGGAGAAGCUGCUGGGACGACCGCAAGGAGGGGAUGACGGCGUUUGUGGAGAAGCGCAAGGCGAACUUCACCGACAGCUAAGCCAGGUGCCGGUCCCCGCAGCCACCUGCUGCCCAUCAGCCCCCUGCGUCCCCCUGCGGAGGGGGGUCCGGGACCCACUGGCGAGCGAUGCUUACCUGGGGUGA